ACAAGGAGCCUGUGCCUUCCGGAGUUGCGAGCUGGGACUUCAGCGCUUGGAUCCCAGAGAAAGCAGCCAAGGGCGGAGGCGGGGCUCUGGCCAGUUCCCCUUCCACCUUCCCCCACUCUCCUCCACCAACCUCUGUUUGGCCCCUAGCUCAGUUGCAGCCGUUGCUGGAGCUGCUUCGCAACCCUUUUCAGGACCCAACCUACUGCAGCCGCUAUUCCCAGGAUGGUGAUCCGUGUAUAUAUUGCAUCUUCCUCUGGCUCUACGGCGAUUCAAGAGGAAACUACUUUCAGAAUUUCUAUUCAAAUUAAGAAGAAACAGCAAGAUGUGCUUGGUUUCUUAGAAGCCAACAAAAUAGGAUUUGAAGAAAAAGAUAUUGCAGCAAAUGAAGAGAAUCGGAAGUGGAUGAGAGAAAAUGUACCUGAAAACAGUCGACCAGCCACAGGGUAUCCCCUGCCACCUCAGAUUUUCAAUGAAAGCCAGUACCGUGGGGACUAUGAUGCCUUCUUUGAAGCCAGAGAAAUAAUGCAGUGUAUGCCUUUUUAGGCUUGAC